AUGGAAGAAUAAGAUAGCAGAUCAUAUUUAGCAAGUAAAGUGCAUCCACUUUUCGAGAAAUUAUUAAUUGAAUUGCUAAUCGCAAAACCUGAAGAUCCUGUAAUAUGGCUAGAAUGAUAAUAAGGUUGAAUUUAUGACUUAAUGGCUCGUAACAACAGGUUAACAAUACAGGCCUUAGGAAAAGCAAAAUGUACCAUUCUCAGUAACCCUACCUGUUCAAUCUCAUAAUUAAAUGCAAGCAGGAACUCCAAGAAGAAGUUAAGUUUCAUCUUUACAAAAUCCUUUAUUGAACAGAUAGUAAUCAAAUUAGCCAGGCUCAGCUAAUCAUAUUCCUAAUCUUUAAUCCAAUUAACAAUUGUCUCAUUAACAUUCUAAUUAACCUAUUAAUAGUCAAAAUGAGAUUAUUAGUUAAUAAUUAAUACAUUAAAAUCAUUCAAAAUAAGGAUUAGAAUAGAGUGAUAUAUAACAGAAAAGUUUUGAGGGUAGUUAGCAUGAAGUAGAACAUCAUUUUGAUCAAGAUCCUAAAUUUGGUUCUGGUGAUCAACUAAGUCCUUCUCCAAUUGUUGCUGAUCCUAAAAAAUCUGCUCAUCCAUUUUAAAAAUAAUAAUCUGUUUUAACAUAAAAGUUUUAACAACCGUAAAGCAAUAUGAAUAAGUCUUUCAAGAAAUCAUCAACUUAAUCGAAUCCAAUGUAUUUACAACCAGUUACAAUGAAAUAAGCAUAACCAUAAAUUAUGGUUAAUAAUACUCCAAGAGAAUAAUCUUUAUAGUAAAUGAAAUCAUCUUAAGUAAACUCUGUCUAAUAAAGUUAAUAAGGAUUGAUACAUUCAAGAGAUGAGUAGGAAAUUUUAGACAAUUAACUAAUAAAAAGGAAUUCUUUAACAGAGAGUAGGGAAUAAUUAAUAAAAUAAUAGUAACAAUAAUAACAAUAAUAAUAACAAUAAUAGUAAUAAUAAUAAUAGCAAUAAUAAUAAUAAUAAUAAUAAUAAUAAUAAUAAUAAUAAUAAUAAUAAUAAUAAUAAUAAUAAUAAUAAGCUUUAUCAUAAAUACAUUAAGCAUAAUAAUAAGAAUCAAUUCUAUCAAAUUAACAUUAAUCUUAAAUUAAUUCUUUAAUUAAUUCUUAAAAAAAUCACAAAGUAAUUCCAAAAAAUAAAGAUCAAAAAUCCAGAGUCUAAAAAAAAAUAAAUACAUGCUAUUUGUUUAAACACUUAAAUGAUCAAUAAAAAGAGAUUGUUGCUAAUGCAAUGGAAGAGAAAAAAUAUAAGUAUUAUUCAUUAUAAAAUUCUUUAGAGCUACUGAAACCAUAAUUAAAUAAGGAGAUGAUGGUGAUUAAUUAUUUCUAGUUGAUUAAGGACUAUUAGAUUGUAAAUAGAGAAACAAAUAAAAUGAAGAAAAAAUUGUUAAAUCUUAUUAGCCUGGAGAUUUUUUUGGUGAAAUGGCUUUGCUAUAUAAUGAAAAAAGAGCUGCAACAAUAAUGGCCUUUACAGAUUGUGUAUUAUGGGUACUUGACAAAGAAACAUUUGAUACUUUUAUUAAAUAACCUGUUUUAGAAAAACGAUAGAGGUAAUCAUCAAUUUAAUAUUAGAUAUGAUGGGAUUUUGCAAAAAUUUCCAAUUUUACAAUAAAUUGAUCCUUACCUUAGAUAAUAAAUUGCAGAUGCUUUACAUGUAGUAAGUUUCAAAGCCGAGGAUGUAGUGUUUAAAUAAAAAGAUAAAGGAGAUUAUUUUUAUUUAAUUCAAGAGGGUUAAUUGAAAGCAUUUAAAAAAGGAGAAGAAGAUGAAGAUGAAGAAUAAUGUGUAUUUGAAUUUUGUGAAUUUGAUUAUUUUGGGGAAUUGGCUAUGUUAAAAGAAAUACAUAGAUAGGCAACUAUUGUUUGUGAAACUGAUUGUAUCCUUUUAGGAUUGGACAAAUAAUCAUUUACAAAAUUAUUAGCACCUAUACAUGUAUAAUAUAAAAUAAUUUUAGGAUGUUAUAAAACAAGGAACAGGAAGAUAUCUUAAUUUUAGUUUUAAUUGA